AUGGCUGUUUCUGCAGAUUCUAAAAUGGCUUCACCACUCCAAUCUUUGAUGAAUACGACGGGCUACGAUUCCGUCAAGCAUCCUUACUACCCAUUGGAUGCCAACAUUGCCGGUUAUGUGGCUAACGAAUCUACUGUUCUGUCGCUUCUGGGCUCCUUUGUUGCUGGCUGUGCUGCGAUCUUUGGGUUGACCUACCUGGCCGUCAAGAGGGUCAACCCAAGGUUGCCUACCACCGAACUGAUGACCGUGAUGUGGUUUGUUCUGUGUGGAUGUAUACACUUCUUUUCGAGGGUCAGUAGGCCGGCGCUGAAGAGGUUGGGAAACCAGACUGAAUUCUUCUCGACAGGGUAUUUUGCGUAUAACCAUGCCAAUAUGGGUGGGUUGCAGACGUUCUUUGGUCAGCUUUGGAAAGAAUAUGCUCUGUCAGAUUCCCGUUAUUUGACACAAAAUAUAUUCGUCUUCUGUGUCGAGGCCAUGACUGCUGUGCUUUGGGGGCCGCUGAGUUUCCUGGUUGCGGUAUUGAUUGCGACCGAGCAUCCGCUAAGGCACCCGAUGCAAGCUGCAGUGAGUCUUGGGCAAUGCUAUGGCGAUCUCCUCUAUUACGCCACCAGCAUGGCCGACCAUUUCUACCUGGGCAUUGAAUACUCAAGACCGGAGGCCUACUAUUUCUGGGGAUAUUACUUUGGAGCCAAUUUGUUUUGGAUCGUGAUUCCNAGCAGCGUUAAGACUAGCGCUGAUGCGAUUAGACAGGUUCAGGAACUUAAGGGCUCGAAGAAGACCAAAUAG